CAAAAUCUUCCUUUCCCAAAAUAGCCAUCCACCCAACCCCACCCCACUCGCUCGCCGCCGCUCCAGCCGCCGACCGACAGGAGAAACCGACCCCCCCCGUCCCGCCGUCGGCUCCGCUCAGAUCUUCUCCGCCGUCCCCCCGCCUCGCCUCGCCGCACGUCUUGCUGGUUCGUUCGCGCGCCCUGGGUCCGUGGUCCCCAGCAAUCUCUCUGCCGUUUCUUUCCCUUGCGUGUACUUGCGGGUAGGGGUGGCAUGAUGGCGAGGUAGGCCCCCUCCCUUAUCUUCUGUCCUCCCAGGCUCUCUCCGUGCCCCUGCGGCGACGGCCAUGCCACCUACCUUCCGAUCAAGCCAAGGCCUCCUGCCGUUCCCUGCAUAAUUAACUCCGCCAUUUCCGGUUCCAGAGGUUCAGUGCGGCUGCGGACGAGGGUUUAGUCAGUGUGGUUACUUGAGCGGGUGGUCUCGGCCUCCUGGAGGGUAUGGACCCACUGCUGAGUCUGGUCAAAGAGGAGCAGGAGGGCCAUGGGGGUGGGGGAGGCAGUCCGCCGGCGGCAGUGGCGGCGGAGGAUGGACCGUCCACUGUGGCGGCGGCGGCGGUACCGAGGCCGAUGGAGGGGCUUCACGAUGUCGGGCCGCCGCCGUUCCUCACGAAGACCUACGACAUGGUCGAUGACCAGAACAGCAACCAUGUCGUGUCGUGGAGCCCCACCAACAACAGCUUCGUGGUCUGGGAUCCCCACGCCUUUGCCACCUCGCUGCUGCCCAGGCACUUCAAGCACAGCAACUUCUCCAGCUUCGUCAGGCAGCUCAACACCUAUGGUUUCAGAAAGGUAGAUCCGGAUCGAUGGGAAUUUGCUAACGAGGGGUUUCUACGGGGACAGAGGCACCUUCUCAAGAACAUCAGGCGUCGAAAACCUCCUGCUCAUCCUGCUUCAAAUCAGCAGUCUUUUGGAUCAUCAUACCUUGAGGUAGGGCACUUUGGAAAUGAUGCAGAGAUCGACCGGCUGAAGAGGGACAAGGAAUUGUUGAUGGCACAAGUGGUGAAGUUAAGGCAGGAACAGCAGGACACCAAGGCACGUCUAAAAGCCAUGGAGGAUAGGCUACAUGGGAAUGAGCAAAAGCAACAGCAGAUGGUAACAUUCUUGGCACGUGUUUUGCGGAACCCUGAAUUCUUAAAGCAACUGAUUGCCAAGAACGAGAUGAGGAAGCAACUCCAUGACACUAUCUCCAAGAAAAGAAGGCGUCGCAUCGACCAGGGAACUGAAGCUGAUCACAUGGGGGCUAGCAGCAGCCUGCAGCAAGAGUCACCUAUUCUGUUUGAUCCCCAUGUGUCAAUGGAACUUCUUGCUGACGGGUCAGUGCAACUCCUUGCCGAUGACAUCCCACCUGACCUGGAAGGUUCAGGGGGAUUCGUUGCUGAUGGGAUCCCACCUGACAUGGAAAGUUCAGUGGAACACGUCGCUGAUGGGAUCCUACCUGGUCUGGAAGGAUCAGUGGAACUCCUUGCUGAUGGGAUCCCACCUGACCUCGAAGGUUCGCUGGAUCUGCUUGCUGAUGGGAUCCCACUUAACCUGGAAGGUUCAAUGGAACUGCUUGCUGAUGGGAUCCCAUCUGGUCUCGAGGGUCCAGGUAUCAAGACUAACGGUGUAAUGGAGCCACAUGGUUUUGACCUGGGUAUCUGUGGAAUGCAGCAGAACAGAGCCCAGGGGGUGUUGAAAGAUAAUUUCUGGGAUGAUCUACUGAAUGAAGAACUUGGUGAUGAGGAUGACAACCCGGUUAUCAUGGAAGACAUGAAUCUGCUGUCUGAGAAGAUGGGUUAUCUCGUCUCAGAUACCCCAACGCCCACCAAAUAGCUCCAUUUCUGCGUGCCACAUCGCUGCAACUUUCGUCAUGUUCCAUCCAUCUCGCUCUGCAAUCCAAGGAGUUCUGCCGUGACGACGGUGACGCUCCGCCGUUAGGAGGACAUCUGUGAAGCUGAUCGUCAUCCUCCAUCGCUUGCUUGGUCGGGGAGAGUGUUUCUUCUGACUUACCAUUGCCAUUUGUUCGUUCGUCGGUCUGUGAAUCGGGUAAUGCUGUUGAUGGAACAUAUGUAUUUCGAUCUGUGCUGGUGUCUGAUAUUCUCCCGUGGCAUUGCAUUCUGAUGGUAUAACUGCAGUCUUAUAGAUGGUCAUCCGGAGUUAUACAUGGUGUGUUGAUUCGUACCC